CAAAUGCUAUCUGGCAGCACUGACAAAACGCAGUCUAUGAAAUAUUUUUGUCUAAUGCAUGAAUGUUACAAACCUGCUGUCUUUGCGCCUGUAUACAAUAUUGUUAUUGCUUCAGUGCUAUUACUUUUACUUUACUUUUUUAUAAAAUAAUUGUAAACACAAUGGGAAGGCUCGCAGCUGUCAUAGUCAAGCGCAGGAAUCGUAACCAGUCGUACAUUGAAGUGUAAAAAAAUAUUAUCGACAAAUAAUGUUAUUAACGGAAAGAUGAGGUUUUCAUGGUUAUUUUUUAUAUUAUCUACCAAUGUCUGCAUCGGAACUGUGUUCACGCAAAAUGACAGCACUACAAGAACGAACAUCCGAAGUGAUUACAAAACAACAAUUUUACAACUGUCGGAAACGCUGGCGGCGAAAUUCAAUGAUUUAGUUGUAAAAGAAUUAGGCAGCGACUACACAUCACAUUUUGAAAUUCGUUCUGCAUAUAAGGUUAGUCACCAGGACUCGGAUAUCGAAUUACUGAAUAACAUCGCAGAUAAACUAAGCUACAAGAUAUCUUCGGCCAAAAUUAUACUACGUGAUAUGUACAAUGUCUUAAGCGACAACAGCACACCGUCUUUUACCCAUCCAUGUCCGUUUAACUCUAUACGUAAGUCAGUAUUUAUAAGAAGCUCGAAUAUCUAUGAAAGCUUACCACUCCAGGAUCCGAAGUUAAAAAUGUUGGAUCGUUUCAAAGAUAUCAAAGUUAAGAGACAGUAUUUUCUUUCACAUAUAGAUUAUGCCACUGACAGAGAUUGUACAGCAAUGCCACAUUCUAAUUUAAGAUAUUUAUAUCACAAAGUUGUGCAUCCGGAACCAAAGUUAGUAGUUUUUAUUAUAGAUAAUAAUAUGAGCUCAGAUUCACUUCAGCAUGCAGUGAAUGUCGCAAAAGAAACAGUUUAUGCACUACAAAGUGCUGAUUUGUUUGCUCUUAAGAUGACGAACAUGACCGACUUCAUGAAGUUUGAAGAUUCAUGCAGUAUCGAAGGAAUUUCUGAUUUGGGUAAUGCCACAGACAAUAACAAGCUUCUAUUUCGAGAACAUUUGGCUGCUAUAGAUAUUUCAUCAUUAAGUUUAUCACCAACAUUGAUCAGUAAUGAACUAAAGAAUUUGCUGAGUCAAAGAACAUUACCAAAGAACAAACUACUAAUUUUCCUCACUGACACAAAGGUUUUGAAAAAUGAAACAUGGCUGAAAAUGUUUCCAUAUUCAAUGAAAAAAGAUGACAGUGUACAUUUUGCCAUUGGAUUGAUAUAUGAAAAUCAAAUAGACAGGAAUAGCUCUCUUGGUAUCUUGCAUAUCGAUAAGUGGCACACUCACUCAAACAACCAUUCAGUAAUGAGACUGCACAUAAAUGACAGUGCUGUGAUCGGCCAAGUGGCUUCGGCAUUUAUAUCUCUGCUCCCUGGCAAGUUUGAUGACAGAGAAAUAAAAAUUGAAGGUCCAAUAUGGGAGGCAACAGAAAGAGAUUUCAUGGUAUCUCUGGUACAACCAACACUAACUGGAGUGUUAGGACUCGAUCUCUACUGGUCAGAUUUAGCAGAAGACAUCAUAUAUUUCAAAGGCGACCACAAAAAGAAAGCAUUUGUCAUGGAUUUUGGAGGUAAAGUUUUAAUGCACACAUACUUUCCACGUCCUGAAACAGCCAUAGAUAAAAUAAAGUUUACAAAUUUAGAAAAUAUAGACACAUAUAAAUAUAUAAAUGAUAUCAAAACUGGUAUGUACUCAAAAAGUUUUGGUAACCUAUCGGUGUCAUCUGAUGAUAGUAAUUCAAGCAGCCCAUUAAUUUAUUCCUGGAAGUGGGUAGACAACUUAUAUAUUGUAUGCAUUGUUUCCAAACAAUCUGCACAAAAUAGUUUAAAUAAAACAAAUGUAUAUUUUGCUAGAAGCAACAAAGAAAUAUUGUUUCAUAGAUUAGAUUUAUUUCCUCCAAAAUCGGGCAAAAUAUGUCGUCAUUUUAAACAAAUUGCUACUAUUGACCAAGGUACUGUUUACCUUAGUCCUUCCAGUUUUCAAUCACCAUUCACUUACUUGUAUGACAUGGGGGAUGGACAAGAAGCUGUAACUUAUAUGCAAAACUACUUAGCAUAUUUGAAAAGUGUAGCACACGGCUUGCUCUCUAAUCCAGGUCUUAAAAACGAAAUUCAACAAGAUGUAGGUUAUUUAAAUACUCUAUUAUCAUUUUAUAAGAGACAACACUUACACGGGCCAUACUCUAAGUAUGUUGUCAGAAGGUAUGCCGUUACAGAGAGCGGAGUUCUAGUAAUGUUUCCUGGUACAGUUUUAGAAUAUGACUAUGAACCUGUAAGAAGGCCAUGGUACACUUAUGCAAUUGAAAACCCUGGAAAAAUUAUAUUGACCCCUCCUAAUUUGGAUGUUGGAGGUGCGGGAUAUAUUGUUUCCCUGUCUUAUGCUGUAAAGAGCUCAUUAUAUCCUACAAUGGUAGUUUCAAUGGAUAUGACAAUGGGUUUUCUUUAUAAACUCCUAAUCGAUAAUAUGCCUGUUUGUGCAGGUUCUUCUAUGAAAUGUUUCAUUAUGAACAAUCGAGGGUAUUUAAUUUCACAUCCCGGUUUAAUGGAUCCUAACAGCUCUGGUCCAAUUGAACAGCAACAUAUUACACAUAAGGAAUCCAUGAUAGCUAUAGACAUGUUGAAUCAUAAAAGCUUUGUGUCGAAACGAUUGUGUAAUAACUUUUAUGAUAAAACUAUACAGAGAUUUUAUGAAUUUAACAUAUCCCUGUCCGAUGUGCUCUCUAACGUAGUUUCAGGUGAUCAUUGUGUUCAUUAUUACAUUGCUGCUAUUCCUGGAACUAAUGCCUUUGUAGGUCUCGUUAACGCAUCUUGCCCGAACGCAUUCUGUCCUUGUAGUAUAAAUGAUCGGCUGUGUCUCAAUUGCAAUCGUAUGGAACAAACGGAGUGCGAAUGCCCUUGCGAAUGCAGCUCCGAAAUCUACGAAUGCGCCAACUCGAACGUGUCACGUUUUAAUCAAGAUAUUCCCUUAUGUGGCAUGAUGUUAGAGAACAACAAUCACAAGUCGCAUUACUUUUAUAACUUUGCUGAGAAUUUAAAAACUUGCUUUGAUUUUCAAUGCGAGACCUACACGUCGCACUCUUCUUGUUUAGGCGUUUUAGGGUGCGAGUGGUGUCAGAUAGACACGGAUGGCAGUAGCACAUUACUAGCUCCUUUUUGCACUUCUCAGUCCACUUGCUUCAAUGGCGUUUUGGGAGCGGUAACUCCGUACGGCGAAGGAACUUACGGUCACAUGAACAGAGACGCUUUAGGUGGUUAUUCGGCAAUAGGACCCAUUGCAGGUUGCAUAGUGACUGUUAGUUUGAUUGUAGCGGUAGCGAUAUACUGUUACCGACAGAAUGUAACUUCGGCUAGCUGUCAUAAUUUAUACGUGGACGGACCCGCAGAAACUUGGCAUGAUCCAGACGUGCAAAUGAGCCAACUGCAUUCUGAUGACGUUCACGAUCAAUCCGGUCACGACAAAUUACUACCGGCAAUGGAAAUGGAAGCUCCGAUAUCUCCGUAUAGAGUAGUGACAGGGUACCGGAGGGCGCAUACUGCGGGUGGCUCCGAUCAUGGUUAUUCAACAAUGACGCCGCAUGAAGAUUCGGAAGCCACGGGAUUCUCUGUAAAUGAUCCCAUUAUAUUGUCAGAUGACACUAAAUCUGACAUCAGCUGUCCACUUCCCGCCAAAAUAAAGCCGCGUUUAAAAUCGGGAGACCUAAAUGUUACAGUUUUGCCAUGCGGUAAGAAUAGUAUCAUAGCUCCGGUGACGGUCCAUCGACAUAUGGAAGCAUCAUGAAUUAUCAUUAUUAUUGUCACGUUUUUUUCGACUUAUCUACCUCUAGUACUUAUUAGUUAGACAUUUUAAACCAUUACUAUUGUACCUAUUGUAUAAUAACUAUAUAUGUAUACGAAGAUUAAAUGCUUGAACACGUGCUUCGGGAACCGUUCCACUUACAUUGAUGAAUAAUAUUUCCACUACCUAACUUACAUAGAAAUAAUAUUCAUUCAAGCACAACGUAUUAUAGUUUUGUCGUGAAUCAAUGAGAUAAAAGGAAGGCAGCUUUCAGACGCACCCUGCGUUCUGACGAAGCUGUGGAUUCCGUCCAUGCCUGUUUUGAAUUAUCUUAUUGUAUUGCGUACAGUGCAGCUGUGAAACAUUUUGAUGUGGUGUCCAUUUAUCAUCCGUAGGCGUUUUCUAAAAAAACUGUGCUUAGUGCGAGUUUUUAACGUUCUCGUUAGCGUAAAAGUUAACGUUCGCCGCUAGGGGCGCUGCUCCAAUUGCAUACAAUAAGUCUGAAGUUGUCGUUUCUGAAGUCGUCGUGGCCUAAAGGAUAAGACGUCCGGUGCAUUCGUAUCGAGCGAUGCACCGGUGUUCGGUUUGAAGGGUGGGGCAGCCGUUGUGACUAUACUGAGACCUUAGAACUUAUAUCUCAAGGUGUGUGGCGCAUUUACGUAGUAGAUGUCUAUGGCUCUAGUAACCACUUAACACCAGGUGGGUUGUGAGUUCGUCCACACGUCUAAGCAAUAAAUAAAUAAAAAUAUACAAAUUUGAGUUAACUUUUACGCUAUCGAGAACGUUAAAAAACUCGCACUAAGCAUGCUGUUUCAGCAAGCCAUGUCGAGUUAUGAUACAUUAUAUUAAACAAACAGAUUUUCACAAUUCAGUGUUCCUAUUUUGCGUAUGGGUGGGACGGAUCUCCCGAGCGCCAUCCUGCGGGUAAUCAGCGAGCCUCAAUUAGAAAUUAAUUACCUCAUUAACACGAGGUUUGAAGCUCGGUAAGCUAAGUUAAACUUUAUACAUCUACUUAAAAAACGUGGUGCUUUCUCAUCGUUAUUAUUAUUUACUGUGGUAUAAAUGUUCCAUUGAAAUACUUAAUUUUUGCAAUUAAUAUCAAAUUUGAAAUGUUAAUUGAACGUCCAGAAAUGAAACGUGUAAUUUAUAAUUUAUGAUCUUUUGAUCAGUCUUUAUUAUUAUGUACUUAAAUUUGAUAAUCCUAAAGUUCUCUAAAGCUUUAAUGUCUUAAAACUUUAUUAUUAUUACAAUAAUGAUUUUUGCAUCAUAAACAGUAAUCGUAUCGAGGUUGUAUUUACAGGUAAACUUUUGUAUGACAAUUUUUGAUAAUGUAAUUUUUGUAUUUAGUUUGUAAGAAUAAAAUAAAUGAUACGUGCCAGUGCCUCUAAAACUAAGUUAUUUAUAGGCUUAUUUUUAGGAUGAAAUUAAUUUUGGCAUUUAUUCGAUGUAUUAAAUUUCUUUUGUAAAUA